CACAUGUACCAAGAGCUCUAAUUAACUCCAGCCUAAUCUCAACAUGUGUAACUAACUGACUAACUCAAAUUGAAGGGUGGAACUACAAGAAUUAUUAGGAUAUUGGGGUAUUAAAACAAAAGUGGGGUUCGUAACAUUGAGGACCUGACCAUAUAUCCCCUUGGUUUAGCGUACUUGCAUACCAUAGCUUCAAUCUCCAAUUUCAAACAUUUGAAAAUGUUUUUUGCUUCUUUUAACAAAGAUUCCUAACUUACUGUUGAUGCAUGGUCUAUUUGCUUGAUUCUUUUCUGUCAUAUUGCUCCAACUUUUCCUUUUGUACAUACGUUUCGUCUAGCUAUAAGAUAUGUGUAAUGGCUUCCCUACUUCAUACAUGUUCAUUCUCUCAACGUAGAAAUGGCCUUGGUCUCUUUACCCACCAUCAAAUACAGCAGUAGAUUUAUCUCGCAUUCCCCACAUUCCCUUCCUUACAUCUCUCUACCAAGCAAAUUACAAAACCUUCCUCUUAGAGAACCACAAAAGAAGGCUUAUGUUCCUAGUAAUUCUCACUCUCCAAUUUCACACCAAGCUUUGAUUUACAGCAGCUUCUCUUCGAGACACACACGCUUAGCAUUAGUGCCAAUUAAUGCUAAAAACUCAGGAUCAGGAGAGGAAGAUCAUUCUGAUGGUAAACAUUCAGGAUCAGGAGAGGAAGAUCAUCUUGAUGCUAGACACUCAGGAUCAAGAGAGGAAGAUCAUCGAGCUCUGGAGACUGUUAACAAGUUUUACGCCGCAAUCAAGAACAAAAACAUUAAUCAGUUAUCUGAUAUAAUUGGAGAUGAAUGCAGAUGCAUCUGCAAUUUCUCCUCUUUUUUCCAAUCCUAUGAUGGGAAAAUGCAAGUGUUGGAUUUUCUCUCUAAUCUGAUUAAAAGCUUUGGAAAUAAUUUUGAAUUUAUUGUAAAACCGACAUUGCAUGAUGGUAUGCAUGUUGGCGUUUCAUGGAGGAUAGAAUGCAAGAAUAUUCGUGUGCCUCUAGGAAAGGGUUUCAGCUUCCAUAUUAUGCAGUACUACCAGGGGAAGCUGUAUUUAAGAAAUGUGGAGAUGUUCAUGGAACCGCUUCUUCAUAUUGAACCUGUUAGACUGAAAUUGAUUGCGUUUGUGAUGAAACUAAUAGACAAGAUGGAUAUUCACAUAGGAUCCAAGAGUAAAGGCAAGAGAGUCAUGUAUUUUUUACUCGCUAUGUUCCUCAUUUUUGCCUGUGUACUUGUUUAAACUCAUUUUGAAUUAGCCUCAAGGCAUGGACCACAAUGACAUGUAAUUUAAAUCCACGAUCUACAUAGAAAAAAGCAAGGUCCCUCGUGGCAAUAUGGGACAAAUUCGAUAAAGGGGGUGUGGGGGAACCAUUG